AUGCUGUCAUGUCUCCGUCCCCCUCUUCAACCCUCCCUCUGCCGCUUCUUCUGCAGGGCUGUCCCCCCGCCCGACUUGGAGGGAUACAAGGAGGCCUUCGCUAGGAGGAUGGCAAUGGCGGGAAUCAAACCCCAUCAUCGUAUUGGUUCGUUAGAACGGAAACUUUUCUUUUGGUAUAUCUGGUCGUUUUCCUUCAAGAUUAUUGGAGGUUCUACCACUCAUUUCAGCUCUGGGAGUCUCCGGUGGUCCCGACAGCAUGGCACUGUGCAUUUUGACUGCGGGGUGGAAGUCCUGUGGUUUGGGUGGUAAAAGUGAGAGCUCCGGUUUCAUCGACGGGCUCCUAGGUAUCGUCGUGGAUCAUAGACUGCGACCCGAAAGUACAGAGGAGGCAAAGCUGGUGUGCACGAGAGUGAUGAAGCUGGGUACACGACAUCAAAUUGGUUCUGUUUUUCAAUUAGUGUAUGGCCAUCUAUCCGUGGAUAACUGUGCGGAUUUGCUUCCAAUCCAGGUGUUCAGUGUCAGAUUGCUUCUUGUGAUUGGUCGGAUGGUCGCCCAACGCGAGGUCAUCUUCAAGAAGCAGCUCGUGAGAUGAGGUGCGUUUUGGUGUGCUAUGUCGACGUUUAAUAAGUCACAAAGGCAUGCCAUGCUCCGAUUCGUUCAUUAAAGUGGGUACAUGUGUUUUAGUGUUGAAUCGUGUUUAACUUUCACUCAGGGUUCAUCUUAUUUCUCUUCUAUGUGUGAAAAAAAAAUCCGAAACAUUUAAGUGACCUCUAGAGUGCACAUUGAGACAUGAACUUUCAUAAAGAAUAUAAACAAUGUACACGUGCAGACACGAUUUCUCUUUCCCCAGAAUGUAACGCGUCAUAUGAGGAAGCUAUGCCACCUCAUAACAGAUUUUGUGCGUCUGAAUGCAAGCCAACCAACUGAUUAGAUAUUUACGACCUUGAAUUUCCUCAAUCAGGCAUGAAAGCAGGUUUGGUGUUAUUCUGGCCAUCCACUGUUGAACACAUUUAUUCCUCUGGUAACUCUUACAGUCCCAUUUCCUAAUUGAAAGGUCAUCUAAAAGGGUUAAUGCAUGGUCAUAAUUUAUGAUAAAUAGGAAAAUUAUGGAAAAAACCACAUUUUUCAUGAAAGAAUAAUACUGAGCUAAAAAAGCCAUCAUGUUUCUCUGCUAGUCUGUGAAAAUUCAUUUUUUUUAACUAUGGCUGAGAGAUGUUGUGUAAUCCAUAAACUCCUCCAGAAUUUACCUAGCACAAUGCGAAUGACCUUGUUGUUGAGUCACUGCAUAUCUGUAGUGUACGUAUAUGGAUGAAGAGACCUAGCAGAUCUACUAUCAAGAGACCUACCUGAAGUGUUUUUCGAUGUUAUAUAGCCUUAAAUCUAUUUACGCUUUAAAUUUCAAAUUUUUAAUCAGUUGUGUUAAUUAAAUUAGUACUGUAACACAUUUUUUAUGCCAUCAUGGUAUUACGGGCGAAUAAAAAAAAAAUCACCUUAUUAACGCUAACAGCAAACAGUUUUGUCCCCUCAGAACAAGUAUCAUCACAUCUGGCAUCAAGACCUUCAAACUUUUCCUGCAUGUCUACAGCUCGUAUUUUUUUCGGAAAUAUUUACAAAUUAUUGUGCAUCAAGCCCAUUUGCAUAAAAAUAAUCACAUCUAGCUUUCAAAUGUGUGCUAUUAAUGUGACGGUUUAUCACUCAGGACAUGAAGUAUUUAGAGCAGUUAUACCUCAUAUCAUACUGUGUUGUCAAUUGACCAGAUUCUCAAACAUUGACCAGAUUCCUACUUGCAUAGAAAUAGUAACGCCUAGUCACCAAAUGUGUUCCUUCAAUGAGAUGGUUUAGGACAAAGCAAAUGAAGCAUUGGGAGUAACUAAUGCCUUAUGUCAUAAUAUAAUGUCUAUUGACAUGAUUAUCGGUCCAAAAUAAUGAUCAGGUGCCCACUUGAAUUGCAAAAUAUUUGUCGGUUGUUGCCAUUGGAAACCAUGUCAAUCGGUGCUCCUAAAGUCUUGUACGUUGAUACUUUAAACCAUUAUAUUGCAAGCUCAACAAAGUUACGACUGUUUGAGACUUGACAUCAAGUACUGUAGCAAAUAAGAAGAACUGUAAUAUGUGGGAAACAUUUUUUGGUGCCCCUGUUUUAUUUUGACUUCUUUUGCAUCUUUCUUUUUUUGAGCAUUUCAUUCAACUAUAGCAUAAUUUGAUUUUGAUGACCUGCUGACUCAAAGCCUUACCUGGGUUCUUCUUUUCCACUUUGUAUCAACUAAACCAAGUUUCAGGUAUCAAAUUUUUCAGGAUGUGUGCUAUGAGCACAGUAUAGGCGUCUUGCUCGUUGCACAUCAUGCUGAUGACCAGGUCCAUGCUGAAAUUUUGCAUUAUGGACUGCUGUGCUCUAUUGUUUAACUCUGUAUCCUCCAUGCAUUUUUGUACUUUUUCUCGUAGUUUCUAUGUAUCUCUCAUCACAGUGUUUCGUUCCUUGUUCCUUAGGCCUGUAAUUAAAUAACAUCAUAUAAAGAAUCAAAGAACAACUACUUCUCUUCCCCCAAAUGAAUUCAUCACAAGCUGAUGUAAAGGAAAGCCACUGAAAAAUCUAGAUUUAGAGAGGAGUUUUGUAUAAUGUUUCAUGAGACUAGUUAUUGAAUAGAAAACUACAGCCUACAUUACACAGGUUAAGUUCGUGCAACCAGGAAGAAACACCUGACGGUUCUGCAUAUUUUGGGAAAACCAUAAAUGAACUUAGAUUUUUUAGUGCUGCAAGAACAAUACAAGGCAAGCGAGUGAAAGUUUAUCAAUGGAUCAUUCGCUACAGUUUAGGGAUCAUAUCCUACCAUCUGCAACUGAAGGAUCAUACGCUGUCAUUUUUUCGUUUUUUAUGAUAUGCAUGGGAUGAAAUUUUACAUUUUUGGAUUCACUUUAAGUCCAUGGUAUUGUGCUUCUGCUCAUCUUGCAUUGUAUAUUGAUUCGUAAUGGAAAUACCUGCUAAUAUGGAGUCUGGAUGUUGUACGUGAGAUCAUGCGUCAGCUGAGUAUGCUUUCCGUCUCACCUGCUGGAAUACCUUUAUCUCCAUUUUUGUUGUCAAUUGUUAUGUAUUAAAGACCGGUUGGUGUUUGCUAAUCAGAGUAACAUGCUCUGUUGCUUCCUCUGUUCUUAUCUAAGGAAAAUUAAGAAUUUCUGAGGUGUGUCACUGAUUACUGCAGGCUGAAUUGUUCAUUCUUAGACUGUCACGCAAUAGUGGCGUCCUUGGACUUGCUGGUAUGGCAUUUGUUUCUCAGUCAUUUCCUACUCAUUCUCAAAGUCAUGGAGGAGAUUCAAGCAGGAAUGGGCUUCUUCUUGUUCGGCCUUUGUUACAAUUCUCAAAAGAUGACCUGUAUAAAGUUGGUAUAUAUGUUCCUUGUACACAAUUAAUUUUGAUAUAGUAAAGUUACGAAAUCAUUAUUUAUCCCACAUGUUCAUUAUGAUUCUUUUAAAUACCUUGUAGCAUCAGUAAUGAACUUCUAAUGGCUAUCUGAAUUCUUGGGCAAUCAAGCAACCACUUUUUGUAUUUUCUUUGGCUAUUCUUGAGGGAUGAUAGCUUUGAUGUUAAAGAUUUAUUGGUACCCUUUUCUGACAUAUGAUCUUUGCCUUUCACUAAGUAAAGCGUGGAUCACACUAUCCUUCCUUGAGGUCAGGUGCCAAGUUGGCAACUGCUGUUUUCCAAGAAACAGCUCUUACGAGAUAGAUUUUUCAUUAUAUUAACGGAUUCAUUUCCCCUAACAAAAAAUCGUUGUGCUGUUGAAUAUUCGAGAGACUCGUUAGCCUUCGAUUUAUGUCUAAAAUAAAGAUUCUACCAUCCAAAGUUCUUCUGACUUUUUUGUAAUGAUUGUAGCUUUCUUCUGAUUUUUCUUUCUGGAAAGAUAUUUUUGAAACGUCUGUUAAUGAUUUCAUUUAUUUAUCAGAUAUGCCUUGGAGUCUCUCAGGAGUGGGUGGAAGAUCCAUCAAACCAGAGUCUUUUGUUUGCUCGAAAUAGGAUCCGUAUGCUGCUAAAGAAUCUAUCCUCUGGUAUGGGUUUGAUUUAUUCAGGAUGGAAAAUACUAACCACAUUAAUUUAUCUAGAGUCGAACGCAUGUGAUUGAACCUUCACAAAGCUUUGUAGACGAAAGCUUGUCAUUUUACGUUGGGGGCAUGUCCUUUGCUUGGGAUAGAAGACAUAAUGUAAUUUUUGUGGCCAUUCCAAUUGUCUGAUGCAUGGUUUUAUGAUCAUUACUUUGGCCAUUAUAUUGCUACAUAUUUUUUAAAUCAUCUAUAUUUUUCAUUAACAUAUUUCUUGAAUUUCCUCAUUAAAUUUAUGUUUUAAAGUCUGCUAUUUAUGGUUUUAAUUUAUUCUUAUUAUUUUAUGUAUCCAUUCCCUGGAUGAAUUUUCGUUAUGCCUUAAAUUCUACUUUUGAUGUUUCUCUGGAUAUUUUUUGGCUACCUUAUUGAUUCAUUUUUAUCAUCUUUGGUCCGCAUUGUUCGUUUUAUUUUUCUGAGUUUUAUUUCAAUUGCGUCCUACAGUUUAUCACCAGAUCCUUCUGUAGUCUCCAACCACAAUAAGGUAUCUUAUAAGAGAUGCUUGGCUCCAUUCAGAUGCUUUUAGGUCGGAGUUACAAGCACUCAUCUCCACUUGUCGCCUAACUCGUGCAUACACUGAGCAGAUCUGCUACAGUUUAGUACGACAAUGCGUAACUGUGAUGGAUGUGAGUUUUUUGCGUGUGAUUCAUUUUACUUAUAACAACUAAUGUUUUUUAAUUCAUUCGGUUUGAAUGAAUUUUAUUUCCAUUUAGAGUCUAUCUUCUAUUCAUAUUACGUUUAUCUUAGCUCAUGCUGUAUUUCAUUCUAGUAUUUUAUUUAUUUAAUUAAACAAAGUUAAGUGUUAUACUGUACUUGAUUCCACUACCACUCUGCUAAUAUCUCAAUGUUGUCAGACUUGUAAAACAUUUUUUUAUGUAUAUGUACGGCAAGAAAUUUCUUUUAUCAGCUUUUAUUUGAACUUGUGAGGUUUUCUUUAUUUAUUUACUUGGACAGCAAUGGAGAAAUUCGCGAGCGUUUUUUCUUCUUCUCGCUUUCUGAGCAGAAACUUACGAGCUCAGUGAUCAUCUUGGAUUACUUUUGCAGCAUGGGUAUGCUAUCAUUGAUCUAAAUAAGUUGGACCCGUCAAGUGUGGACGACUUGUGUCUAUCAAAGUUCCUUGCAGUCGUCUUGCAGGUUGACCUUUUAGCUUAUUCCGUGCACAUGUCUGUUACAUUGGAAAAAAUGAUGAGAAAUUUCAAGCCAGGCUUUCAUAAAAGGUCUGGAUGAUGGUCGAUCUUCACUGAUUGCAUUUUUCUGGUUCUAAUUGUGUCCAACAGUUCAUCUCUCAAAGACAUAGGCCUGUCCGCGGCGCUGCUUCAAAGCUGCUUCUGGAUUACAUCCGUAGAAUCCCGUGCAAGGUCCAUUCCGCUUGACUGAACUGGUUUUUUGAUUUUGACUACAGAGUUUCCUCUCCAGUGAUCAGUCACAUUGGUAUAACUAGUACCGUUUUAAAGCUUGUUUGUGAGAAAAGAUUGGUUUUGCCCUGCUAUUUUAAGCUUCAGAUAACUCGAACUAGUCUAACUUUGCUCAAUCACGGGGACAAAGGGGGAUCCAGCGCAGAAAUUCCAAUUCGGGUUUUGCCUCUUAUCGGUUUUUUUUCAUCCAUAUUCUCUUUUUAGUGCUUAUUUAUUUUAUUUUAUUAGGAGGGUGUGUGGAAUUUUUUUGGGGUUUCUGAUGCUUGCAUGAAGGCGAUACUAACAUUAAACUCAUCUAUGAGAAGUAUUUAAUCACUGUCACAUGCACGCUUGGAGUCAACGAUCUUCCAUUCUUCUGACAAGACAUAGUCAUCCUUCUGCAGGCAUCCCUUACCGUAGCCAGUUGCUACCUCUCAGCAGUUCCAAAAUCCAAAGGCACCAAGAUCAUGGUGGCAGCUGCUCUUGACUCCCCAAGACCAUUAGAGGUUGGGAUACCAUAUAAUCACUCUUUGGAUCAGCCAUACUCCCCGAAUGAGGUAGAUGAAAUCAUUUCUGUGGCAGAACUACUCCCACAUCAAUCUCUCCGUUCUUCAGAUGUUCCCCCCUUUGUAAAGGCCACCUCUCCAGAGGCAACUCUCAAGGAAGCGAAGGAACUUAACAUUAUCAGUGAAUCCACCUUCAGUAGCAUUCUCUCGCUGCAAAUGGAAGAAUGCCAGAGCUUCAAGGCCCGGGCAGAAUCAAAAGAUGACAUGGAAGCAAAACAUAGGAUGAAGGCUGCCAGUAUUUCCACCGUAGAACUUCACCCUGGGGAGUCAUGCCUCUUCAUGGGCAGAUUUGUAGUGUCUUGGAAACUCUGCGAGAAGGCAAUUGAAGAUAGCAUGAGCAGGACCGAAUCGAACUAUGGCCUGGAUGAAGAACCAGAGCUCCAUUCUUGUGGGUCAUGCGUGAUGGGCCAUGAUGUAGCUUUCAUUCGCCACAUGGUUGAUGAUGACUGGUUAUAUCUAGCCAACUUAUCAAAGAACAAGAUGGCAGAAAGCCAGAAUGUUUCAUUUUCUUCAGCGGGAAAUCUGGAGAAGGGCGAUGCGAAAUCAGCUCACUGUUCAGAUUUUGCACAGAUGUCAGCGCAAAGAGCUCUCCAGGCCCUGAAGUCAAUCCCAGCACCUGCAAGGAGGAGCCUCCCAGUCCUGGUCAAUUCGCAGGGUUUGCUUCUAUGUAUUCCCGUAUGUGUCUUCAUGUUAAUAGAGUUCCAUUUAGAUAUUAUCAUCAUUCAUAAAAUGCAGUUUAUAUUAUAUAAUGUGGUACUUUUUUAUUUUCCUUUUUUUUCUCAGAGUAUCUGCUUCAGCCAUUGCCCUGAUUUGACAAUAACGGCUAGAUUUGAACCGAGAGUCCCCCUUGGGGGGGGCUAUAGCUCCUUCUUAUGA